UUAUAUCCUGUAUGAGAUUCUCCUGAACUUUUACUUCUGUAUGUUUUGUUAUUUUGUACUGUUGAUAACUUCACGCCAGCUGGAGCUAUGAGCGCCAUUAUUCCUCGCAUAGAGCAGUUGUCUGCUAGAGUGGUUCGGGUUUUGGGCUGUAACCCGGGACCGAUGACUCUGCAGGGAACCAACACUUACCUGGUCGGCACAGGCAAAAGACGGGUGCUGAUAGACACGGGGGAACCUGCUGUGCCUGAAUACAUCAGCAGCCUGAAACAGGCACUGAAGCAGUUCAGCACCAGCAUCCAGGAGAUCAUCGUCACACACUGGCAUCACGACCACACAGGUGGAGUAGAAGAUAUCUGCAGGGACAUAACUGGUUCUGAGGUCCGAGUCAGCAAACUGCCUCGCUCCAACAAAGCAAGAGAGACAGCAGGAAGCAAAGACUACAAUUACCUAAAAGAUGGAGAUGUUGUUGAGACGGAGGGAGCCACACUCAAAGUGCUUUUCACUCCGGGCCAUACUGAUGACCACAUGGCCUUGGUGCUGGAGGAGGAGCGGGCUAUCUUCUCUGGAGACUGCAUCCUGGGCGAGGGCACGGCCGUGUUUGAAGACCUCUACGACUACAUGAAAUCUCUGCAAAUCCUGCUGGACUCGGAGGCUGACCUCAUCUACCCUGGCCACGGACCUGUGGUUCAGGAUGCUGGCUCUAAGAUCAGACACUACAUCAGUCACAGGGACCAAAGAGAACAACAGAUCCUGGCAGCCAUUCAGGAUGGAGCAGGAAAGCCUUUCAGUUCCAUGGAGCUUGUCAAGAUUGUGUACAAGGACACACCUAAACACCUGCACCAAGCAGCUAAUGUGAACCUGGUUCAUCACUUAAAGAAGCUGGAGAAAGAAGGCAGAAUCAGUCUGGUGAACGAAUCUUCACAGAGCAGCAAAUGGAAGAGCAAUCUGUGACGUCCACUGACAGUGAGAUGAAAUGGAGCGUUGGGCUGGGAUUUUCAAGAUCAACAGCUAAUGAUUUUUGAAUGCGAGAUGAUUGCUUUCAGCGCUAUGUUUGUGCUGUACACCAGUGCUGAUUGAGAAAUGUUCUAGAGGAAAAAUCUGUUGUAUUAGUCACACCCGUUGCUUCAAAUAUUUCACAACUCAAAACACACAAGGCACAGAAAACAAAGGGACUCACCAGGACUGAGCUGCAGCCUGUGUUAUAGUUAAACAAGGCUAAAAUUUGCCUCAAGGUCAGCCGCCUGUGGCCGCAUGAAGAAUAACCUCAUCCCCUAACACUUCCCCUGUCUCC